AAGCAUAAUUGGGGAUGUUCAAAAUAAUUUCCGAUGUUAACCCAGUAUGGGGAGCAUACCGGCCACUUUGCUACCCAGUUUACAAGCAUCAUCUGAUAACAACAUCACAGAAUCCUUGUGGGCAGCUGUUAUUCCAUUUACAGUUGGGAAGACUGAGGUUAAGGGAGAUCAAAAGAUCUGUCCCAGGGCAACAGAAUGGAAUUCGGCAUUGUUCCUAUAUAGCUUCUCGGAAACAUCUCUACGUUGAUAAAAAUACGAAGGUUAUUUGCCAGGGUUUCACCGGUAAGCAGGGCACCUUUCAUAGCCAGCAGGCACUGGAAUAUGGCACCCAACUAGUUGGAGGAACCACUCCAGGGAAAGGAGGCAAGACACAUCUGGGCUUACCAGUCUUUAAUACUGUGAAGGAGGCCAAAGAACAGACAGGAGCGACAGCUUCUGUCAUUUAUGUUCCUCCUCCUUUUGCUGCUGCUGCCAUCAAUGAAGCUGUUGAGGCGGAAAUGCCCUUGGUUGUGUGCAUUACUGAAGGUAUCCCACAGCAGGACAUGGUGCGGGUCAAGCACAAACUGCUGCGUCAGGGAAAGACCAGGCUGAUCGGGCCUAACUGCCCUGGAGUCAUCAAUCCUGGAGAAUGCAAAAUUGGCAUCAUGCCUGGCCAUAUUCACAAGAAAGGAAGAGUUGGUAUUGUAUCCAGAUCUGGGACCCUGACUUAUGAAGCGGUUCACCAAACAACACAAGUUGGACUGGGGCAGUCUUUGUGCGUUGGCAUUGGAGGUGAUCCUUUUAAUGGCACAGAUUUUAUUGACUGCCUUGAAAUCUUUCUGAAUGAUCCAGCCACAGAAGGCAUCAUAUUGAUUGGUGAAAUUGGCGGUAACGCAGAAGAAAAUGCUGCAGAAUUUUUGAAACAACAUAAUUCAGGUCCCAAGGCGAAGCCUGUGGUGUCCUUCAUUGCUGGUUUAACUGCUCCUCCUGGCAGGAGAAUGGGUCAUGCAGGGGCGAUUAUUGCUGGAGGAAAAGGUGGAGCCAAAGAGAAGAUCUCUGCCCUUCAGAGUGCGGGAGUUGUGGUCAGCAUGUCUCCUGCGCAGCUGGGAACCACCAUCUACAAGGAGUUUGAAAAGAGAAAGAUGCUAUGAAAGGAAAACCAAGAAGUUGCCUAUGGAAUGAAUCAUUAUGGAAGUAUGAACCAGUGGCUGUUUGCGUCUGUUGUCCCCUGAUUGUCAACCUGUGCGCCUAUCGCUGGUCUGUCUGUACAGCAGAAAGCCAGAGCAAGGUUCAGAACGUCCUAGAUUGAGAGGUUUCCAUCGCAUCGUAUAGCAGACAGCCAAUAAAGCUACCACUUGAUUUGAA